CCCCCUUUCACUUUCAGACUCUCGCGCAACAUCACACACCAUGGCGAUUGCACGUCCGAUUCGCAUGCUGGGUGCAGCAUGUAUUCUACUUACUCUGUUCCUGGUCUUCCAGCUCAACCAGAGCUCCGACAAGUCUUCCUCCAAAUUGGUCCACGGCAUGACCCGGGAUCCCCUUCUAGAUCCCACCGGAGAACCAGCCGGUGAAUUAUGGCGCGCCGAAGAUCACGAUUACUCCCCCGAUAGCGAGAAGCCCGCCCGCACCAAUGCCGCCCUCAUCUCCCUCGUCCGGAACGAGGAACUCUACGAGCUGAUCAACACUAUGCGUGAUCUUGAGCGCACAUGGAACAGCAAGUUCAACUAUCCGUAUAUCUUCUUCAACGACAAGCCCUUCUCUGAAGAGUUCAAGCAAAAGACCCAGGCCGUCACCAAGGCCAAGAUUCAAUAUGAGUUGGUUCCCAAGGAACACUGGGAUAUGCCCAGCUGGAUCAGCGAGGAUCUCUUCCGCGAAUCCGCCAAGAUCCUAGAGGAGGAGAACAUCCAGUACGCCUCCAAGCUUUCUUACCACCAGAUGUGCCGCUGGAACAGCGGCAUGUUCUACAAGCACCCGGCCCUCGAGAAGUACCGCUACUACUGGCGCAUCGAGCCCAAGGUCCAAUUCUUCUGCAACGUCGACUAUGACGUCUUCCGCUACAUGGAGGACAACAACAAGACCUACGGUUUUACCAUCAAUCUGUACGAUGCCCCGCAGACCAUCAAGACCCUCUGGCCCGAGACUCGCAAGUUCCUGGCAGCGAACCCUUCGUAUCUGAGUGAGAACAACAUGUGGGAGUGGAUUACGGACGACCAGGCCCGUCCCGAGCAUACCCAGGGUGCAAAUGGCUACUCCACCUGCCACUUCUGGUCCAACUUUGAGAUUGGUGACCUGGACUUCUUCCGUGGUGACAAGUACGAGUCCUACUUCCAGCACCUGGAUCGUGCCGGUGGUUUCUUCUACGAGCGCUGGGGCGAUGCGCCGGUUCACUCGUUGGGUGUCGGUCUGUUUGCCGACGCCUCGAACGUGCACUGGUUCCGCGACAUCGGAUACAACCACAUCCCUUACUAUAACUGCCCCAACUCGCCCAAGUGUUCCGGCUGCACGCCCGGUCAAUUCUACUCUGGCGCAGACUUCCUCGCCAAGGAGGACUGUCGCCCGACGUACUUCAAGUACGUCGGCACGCACUAAAUGGAUAGACCCGUGGCAGCGUAUCUAUUUCCCCAAGGGAGCUGCCAUUUCAUGAAAAACCUCGACCCAUAUUUUGCAUCACCUUUUCUGCAUACCCGAUGAGUAUAUUCCCGAACCCUUCGAUGUGACUUGGUACCUGGCGUUUGAGCGGACUCAUACCUAUUGAUGAUAUUCCUCUGGUCUCCUUUUGUUUUUUCUUCCUUCUCACUCCGAUUUUGACAAAAUACGUUCUUGGCCGCGGAGGUUUGUCUCCGGUGGAAUGAGCUUUGGCGGAUCUGGUCUUCUCUGUACUUAUAUUUCAUUGCACAUGGCCAAAAUUGUUGGUUUGUUUUAAACGUCUUAUUUCAACCUUUCGAUCUUUUCUCUGUCUUGUUCUCGCUAGAACCUGCGGGUUUCUCUUAUAUGAUAUCUUAUGAAGACAGCUAUUCGCUCAAACAUAGAAAAUACAGAACGGAUAUUGAAAAGACAUACUUUCUUUAUCUAUUCACCGCAACCCUUAAAAAGAAGACUGGGUGAAGAGACUGCAUGUCCAAGAUGAGUCGUUAUGUGGAAAUACGCCAUACUGUACUUGCCGCGUAAGCAGCCGUGAACCGGAGAUGGAAGAUAGAUUAAGCACCAGUCAAGGCACCGCAGAACCUUUUCCAAACAACAGCAACACUAACAACACAGGAGAUCUCUAAAAUAUGUAUACAGCUUUCUCUUCUACCCGAUCCGAGCACCCUGGCCAAAGCAGGAAACUGUGCGAUGGACCGAUCGGUCUCUGACAUGAGAAUUGGGUGGUGGGUAAACAACUGAAGGAGAGAGAGAAAAUUGACGUGAGGUGGAAAUGAGGGGGGGGGGUAGAACAACAUGAGCGACGCUAAUUUACUCCUCCUGGGGGUACAGCUCUUCCCGGAGAGCAACGCCCAGCUCCUGGCGCAGACCCUCGAGCUGCUCGAGGUAUUGCUUGUACUGGUCGGGGCUCUCGACCUUGGCCUUGAUGCCUAUACGAGAUGGAUUAGUAAUUGGCCUCAAUUGAAAUGUUGGCAUCAGAUGGCUUGCGCAUACCCUCGAAGACUCGGACGGCAGUGGGGAAGUCGUUGACACGGCGGGCAGCCUUCAGGGCAGCGCUGAGGACCUCAACGGAGGGGACGAGAUCGUAGGCGAAGCAGUUGUUCAGGUUGCGCUGCACAGGAAUUGACGAGUCAGCAGUGUUUCAAUUGAAAUAUGUGAAUGUGAAGUCGAGAUGAGAGUCGAAUGAUAGUUGAUAUCGCAUGAGGGGGGUCCUCCGUCAUCUCCCGGGACUUGGGGCCCAAAAGCAGGUGGAUCUUACCUGGAGCUCGAAAACAUCCUGGACACCGUCGAAUUCCUUCUCGAAACUGCAAUUGACACACGGACAGUCAGUAUACCCAAUUCCCUAAAGACCUCUGGAAGCAGAAAAUGCAGGACUGAACCCUGCGCCUAGACAGCGCAGAGUUCCCCCCGUCCUUCAUUUGUCUCCUCCAUCAUCCCCCGGGGAUUCCGGCGAAGCCAAUGGGUCGCAAUUUCAAUCGUACCGGGCAGAGAACUCCUCGUAGGUCUCAUCCUCGUGGCCAGAGCGGAGCAUACGGGUGGUACCGAAGUUGGCGGUGCGGGCAGCAGCCAGAGUGACUGGGGUCUGCACCCGAGAACGGACGAUCGGAGCUCGGACGAAGCUGGCAGGGCGGACGGCGCGCGUCGCGAUGCGGAAGAUGGACAGGGAGGACAUUUCGGAGCGGAGGUGCUGGACCGAGUCAAUGGACGGUGGUUGAGGAGAGAGUGGAUGGAGACGGGGAAGGGAGGAGGAACGAGGAGAGUCGUG